GCUGAUUGUGAUAAGUUUGAAAACAGGUGUGGUGAGGAGUUAUGUGACGCAGGUUCGGGCAAAAAUUCUUGUUCAAGGCUACUACUGUUAUCGAACUUUAUUCAUUAUUAUUUUUGCUAUAAAUAUCAGAGUUUAGCUUCGUGGGAAAAUGUUUUGUAGGUCAGUUUGCCGGAUACUUUUUUUCUUAAAUGUCUCAUGGUCACCCCUUAAAAGGUGAAUGGAAUAGAAUGGAUGUUUAUUAUUAAGUCUACAAACUGAAGCUUCGCUUUUGGCUUUUGUUAAAUCUGUAUAUUAUGGAAUGCCGUUUGUAUCAAAAAUACUUCUUACCAUAUGUAAACCUUUACAUUAAAUAUAUAAAACAUUCUGCUUUAUGAAUAAAACUUCUUAAUUUUAGUAUUAAGGUUAUAGUGCACAAUUAAAACUUGUUACAAAAUAUAUAAAACUUCAAAAGGUUGAGUUUGAUCGUCCGGGUGAACGUAGUCCUGAAUAGGACUGUUGUUGUUGACAGUUAACUGACGUUUCGACAACCUGUGCAGUAGUCAUCUUCAGAGUCAAAGUGAGUUGUAUCACGUCAGUUGAUGGUAUUAUACUCUGGUUAUUGAUCUGAUUGGUCAAUUAUGUCGCGAUGUUAUUGGUCGUCUGUCAGUUAAGCCGUGAUGUUAUUGGCUAUGAAGACUCGUAAUCAGUACUUGGUGCGUUUCGAUCCGUCUAUUGUCACAGUUAAACAGUCGUCUAUUGUUAGUCAAAUUGUCAGUUCUCCAGUUGUUCUCUCGUAGUUAGUUUUGCUUGAUCUUGUCAAUAAGUCGUUUGUACGGCGCUGGUAAUUGUUGGCUACGAUUCAGUGGCGUUUGUUCUAAGUUAGUAAACCAGCUUUCUAAAGUAAGACGUUGAUAGUAGUCUGUAGAAUACGUUAUACAUGUCGCAGAGUCCCAGUCAAUUUGAUGUUUCGUCUUUAAAUGGUGUUCAGGAAUGUGAUUGUUGACGUCACCAUUCCUCGUCGCGCGUUUGUGUUCGGUCAGUCGCGUGCUUAGGUUCCUGCCGGUUUCACCAAUGUAAGAAGCCUGGCAGUCGCAGCAUUUGAUCUUGUAUACUGCUCCCUGUCUGUCCUCCGGUUUGUCUUUGUCCUUGACAUUAGUAAGCAGUCGCCGUAAAGUGGUUAUCGGUUUGUGCGCAACACGUAUAUUGUAAGGUUGUAAUAUACGUGCAAUAGUUUCAGAGGUGCCUCUGAUGUACGGUAUAGUCGCUGUCGUAACAGGGCCAGAGUUGAUCUGAGAGUUGGAAUCAGUGUUACUGUGAGUGUUCCGUCUAACAAAGUCCGUGUUGUAAUUGUUCUUACUAAAAACGUUGUUAAGAUAAUCAGUCUCGUCUUGUAGGCUGUCAGGUGAGUCGCAAACUAGUUGCGCUCGUCUCGUCAGAGUCCGGAUAGUAGUAGCCUUGUGAGAAGAGGUCGGGUUGUACGAAGACUGGUCUAGUAAUCGGUCGGUAUGUGUCGGUUUUCUGUAAAUAGUCGUUUUUAGUUUGUUGUUGUCGCGAGUGACCAAGCAGUCUAGAAAAGGUAUCUUACCAUUUGAAUCAGACCAAAAAGAAACUUUAGCCGGCCAGCGGGUGUUUCUCCCGAACGAGGCUAAAUAUACAUUAUCGUCUGAAGCAGACGGAUAGAACGUCUAAAGAUCAUCUCCAGGACAAACGUCGAUCUUCACGUACGACGAACUAAACUAAUGAAUUAAAAGUUUGUAUGAUAAUCUAUAUUUAUUUCGUACUAUAGGCCACCUUUCAUUCCGAUCUGUCAGCGGAAAAACAAGAUUCCUUCGAAACAUCAGCGGAGCAGUUGGUAAGCACAUCCCUGUAAUCCCUGUACUAUUGACAUCUAGUGAGGGGGCGAAAUAAAUGAGAAUGCAAUUGAACACAAUGAGAAUACAGUUAUUGUAGAAAGGCAACGCAGUGAUUACUUCACGUAGCUCAGAUACAUGAGGGACUUUAAGAUCCAAAGACGCGAAGGCAACGAAAACGUCGCUUAAAAAGUGAAUUUUGUGUUCUUUCAGUCUUAAUCGCAAUUAUUCCUACCCAAUUACUUUGUCAAAUGUAGGCGAACCCUCCUGGAAUUAAAUUCCAAGGGACCAUUUCCAAGUUCAGAAAGAGAAAUAAAAUUUGGUCGUUGCUUGUUUACAUAAUCCAUAAAACGCGAAAUUAGGCAAUUUCACGUCGUAGUCGUGCAAAAACGGCAAAGAAAUGUACCAAUAAGUGUGAUGCACGUGCAAAGUUAUUGUUUUGCUUCUAAAACCUAUUGUUUUAUUACGUUCUCGUUGCCGUCCGCGUCGUUGGAUCUUAAAGUACCUAUUGCUAUGCAAAACAUACUUGUGACAGUAUGUCAAUCGUCGCUCUGAUCUCAAGGCAAAACAAAGAAAGACAGGAAAAAAAAAAUGAAAACAAGAAUUCAUAGCAACGUGGAAUUAGUUUCAGUAGAAAGAUAAUAAUGAUUUUUGAAUUGUCUUUGCAGAUAUCCGAGGUUAGCCACGACAGUGUAUCUGUUGUUUUUGCUCUCGAUGAUAAAACGUCCUCCACGGUAAGGUAUCUUAUGAUACGUUUCUCAUCUGUUUUUAGUGUUCAUAUUGCCAUUCAGUCUCAUCUGCCAUGUAUGCCUUACUGCUUUUCACCAUAAGAUCAAUGUCGUGGUUUUGAAAUAUAGUGAUCCUGUUAACGGGAGAACCUGUUUUGGCAUGGGCGCAUCUGUAGGCGGAAAACACUACUGUCGGGUGGACACUAAUGCUAGGCGGACACCUCUUACUUCUACUGUAUGGGAACUUUCCUUUAAGACAGGCAGACCCUCUUCUGUAAGUCGACACCCUUGUAGGCUGGUUGCCUCUGUGAGCCAGUGUAAGGUGGACCGCCCUGUAAGCGGACGGACAAAGAAACUGGGGAGUUGAAGCAACAACAACGGCGACGGCUAGGAAAACCUCACUUAAAAAGUGAAUUCGCAAUGCCUCAAACUUAAUCACGCUCUUUCCAUCUCGUUUAAUUCGUCAAAUGUUGGCAAUUUUUUUUUUUGGAAUUGAAUUCUAAGGGACUGCAUCAAAGUUCAGGAAAAGAAAAAGAAAGUUGUUGUCUUGUGUUCCCGUCCUCGACAAAACGUGAAAUUACUACGGGCAGUUUCACGUUGUAGUCGUGCAACAACGGCAGGAAAGUGUACAAAAAAGCGUGAUGCACGUGCAAAGUUGUUGUUUUGCUAAUAUAAACCUAUUGCUUUGUCGCCGUUCUCAUUGCCGUCGCCGUAGUCGUUGCUUAAGCUCCCUGCCCGUGCGAAAAUGUGUGCAGUUUUAUAAUUGGUGUUCGGCUUGAUUAAAUCAUUUACCACGUGCACAACAUGUGUUGGGAGGAGCCACCCACAAUUUAAGCACAGUUUCUAACAGGACAUAUUUUUGAGGGAAAAAACGCAAAAUAAUUGUAAAGCAGACACAUCUACUCCUCUGUAUGAAAGGCCUACAUCUUGAUUGCUGCCUUUGCUAACCAUUAACUAUGAUGCUUUUCUUUGCUUCAGGUUUGCGUACCAGCAUCUGUGAUGCAGUUUACGCGGGAAAUCUCACGAAACUGCAAUCAUUGUCAUUUGAAAGAACUUAGGUUGAUAAUUGUUAGAUUUUCACACUGCAGAAAGAACUUCACUGAAUUCAAGGUUGGUUGAGAUGUCAUUAGAACCCGGACGCCGUGUAGUGAUGUUCACCCUCGAUAUGUAAUUUAAAAUUUGCUUACUGGACGAGGCGUGUUAGUUUAACUGAUAACAAAAGUUGUCUGUUAUAAGUCGAGAAAUCUAGGGUAUUAUUUAUUUAUUUAUAUAUCUUUUUCUUUAUUCUCACGCAUCUUCAAAUUACAGUUCGACCCGCAAAAGGCAAAAGCUAAUCAAGGCCGGCAGAGAUUCCUUAUUAUUUGUAGGAGAUCCUUGCCAAUAUUAUUGUACUCAAGCCAAUUCAUGACAGACUCGCUUACUUUACCAUCGUGUAGCUUAGUGCAGCAUCAAUAGUAUGCAUGCAUCCCAAACUAUAUGGAUCCACGUUUAUGCUGUGCUCGCCGGUACGAGUCUCUGUCAAGCUACAAUUCAUAGGAAUUGCCGUGGGGUUCGGAAAAUGCUUGGUGGUAUAGGCUUUCCAAUCCUGUGUGUGUUUGUUUACUUAUAAACUCAUCUUUUUUCCAGUUAACUAAAGUUGAAGAAGUUUUCACUUUGUUUUACGAAACAUUUAUUUUUUGUCACUCGACAGCUUGCUAUAGAGGAAAUGAAGUCACGUGUUCAUGAACAGGGUGUUAUUUGUUUUGGUGUAUUUGUCAGCCCAGGCCUCAAUAAUCAAAAGGUACAGUACAUUAUUCAUUUUACCUCUUCGUAGCGAACUUCACAGGAAUAUUUAACAAUUACGUAGUCUAAAAACUUCGAUUUUGUCGUUUCUAACUGGUGUGAAAAUUUAUAGUAGAAUUACAGGCCCUAAAAGAGUGUUACCACAUGUAUUUGAACUCAAACCAUGAAAACCUAACGGUGAAUUCCUAAUGCCCACUGCUACGUAGAGUUUAGAAGGGUUCUAUGUUAAUUCAAGGCUUAUUCUGGACGUUACCCUGCGAACAGAGGUUUCUUUCUUGCAUGGCUUGUCAGUCACGACUUCGUUUACAAAAUUAACUUUCGUGUUUGGUGGGGUUGAAUCCCAUGUUGUAACCACUGAAAGCUAUCCUGUAUUUCAACAGGAAAAUCCUGACAAUUCAAAGCUGGCGGAAAAGGCAGCCGAAUUAACCAUCGGAGCCUUGCUGGAUGUGCCCCCAAUAUUUAAUGGACAAACGUUCGACGCGAUCACGUGA